AUGGACGUCAGCGAUGUUAAUCUACCGGUAAUCGGCGAAGAAUCUUUUGAUCCUCAAUUGUAUUCGGUCGUUACUCGUGCAAAAACUAUUGAUGAUUACAAGAUCCUACGAAUUUGUCAAGUUGCAUACAAUGCGAAGGAUCCAGAAAAGGAAACUAGUGAUAUUGAAGUUUGUCUUCAAGUCAAGGAUUCUUGUCGACAGUUGGAUACAUCAUGA